AAAAUCCUUUUAGCGUAAUCAAGAAUGAGAAAUAAAAUGUAAUUUUUUCAAAGUUGCUUAAGGUUCUUUUUUAUGUUUUUUUUAUUGCUGAUUGAAAGCAGAUUUAUCCGUGUGAAAUAUUUCGUCAUACUAUAACAUUGUGUACUCAGUAUAAAGCACUCAAAUGAAUCAAGUGAGCAUGCGCAUAGCGGUUUUCUGCAUUUCUUUUUGUAGAACAUGCUAUGAAAAGACUAAAAGCUCGCGGUCCAUUGACAGUUUUCAUGAAUGGCCAAAGCGUGGUGGGGGAAGUACUUGUAGGAUGCGCGAGCGCUUGACGCCUGCGGCCCGAACAUUCCGUGUGCCGGAGGCUGCACGAUAGUCACAUCAUUGUCCACCGGCGCGCCUGCGACUGGCAACUUCCAGCUCGCGCGGGAAAUUCAAAAAUAUUAUUUUUUUUUUUUUCGAUCUUUAACUUUUCCUUUUUUACUGUGGCUUGUGUUGUGGUGACUUUUUAUUUUAUUUUGUGGAACAUUUAAUUUGUGAAGGCAUGGUCGCGUAGAACGAUGCUGGGUAACUUAAGAUCGCUGCUGUUGGCAGCCAUCGUGAUAAGUAACUGUAUAACGUGGACAGCAUCAAGGCAUCAUUAUACACAUAAUGUCUCCAGACACCGAAGUAGACACAGACGGCAAGGCGCUGGUUUAUAUCUAUCAGCGUCUUACGUGCUGCCCGGAGGCGAAGGAAACGGCUGGGGCGAAUGGGGUGACGUCACACCCUGCUCUAGAACCUGCGGCGGUGGAGUGGCCAGUCAAAAGAGAAUAUGUUUAGAAAUCGGUCCGAAUGGAGAGCCACAGUGUACUGGCGGUGAUACCAAAUACUUCUCUUGCGAGACCCAGGACUGUCCUGAAAAUUCACUCGACUUUAGAGCCGAACAAUGCGCCCAAUACAACAACGUCACAUUCAGAGGCAAGAAAUACAGAUGGGUGCCAUACUUGAAAGUUUCCAAGCCUUGCGAGUUGACAUGUAUGCAGCACGGAGAUCGGUUUUACUACCGCCACAAAGAGAAGGUUAUCGAUGGGACUCGCUGUAAUGACGACUCCUUCGACGUGUGCGUUGAUGGAGUUUGCCAGCCCGUGGGAUGUGAUAUGAUGCUCGGAUCCAACGCCAAAGAGGACAAGUGCAGACAAUGCCGCGGGAACGGACACAACUGUCAUACAACAAAAAAACUCAUUAACACACAGGAUCUCAGAAAGGGCUACAACGACAUUCUGCUUAUACCGGAAGGCGCCACCACGAUCUACAUAACAGAAAUAGAGCCUUCGAACAACUAUUUGGCUUUGCGCUCGAAGAACGGCACGUACUACCUAAACGGUGACUACCACAUCGACUUCCCCCGCAGCAUGACCAUCGCCGGCGCCCUCUGGAACUACGAACGCAACCAGCAAGGGAUCACCGCUCCCGAUAAACUACGCUCCUUGGGACCCAUCAACGAGCCCUUGUACCUUUCAUUGCUUCUCAUAGACGAGAACGUUGGCGUGGAAUACGAAUACAGUCUUCCUAUUGAGAAGGCGCCGCUACCAACACAGAGAUACAGCUGGGUGCACGGAAACUUCUCAUCUUGUUCAGCUACGUGCGGUGGUGGGAUUCAAAGCCGCGACGUGACUUGCCGUUCCCGUGAAGAGCUAGAAGUCGUGGAUGAGGGUCUCUGCGACGACGGCCUAAAGCCGGCCACAAACCAAACCUGUAACACGCAAGCGUGUCCACCCCAGUGGGUCCCCGGUAACUGGAGUCGCUGCUCUAAGAGAUGCGGCAAGGACGGGACCAGAUCGCGGGAGGUUCGCUGCGAGAAGAUCAUCACGAAUGGACUCCCUUCAGUAGUGGACGAUAAGGAGUGCUUCGAUCUCCUCGGUCCAAAGCCAGCUCUCUACGAAUCGUGCAACGUUGACGCCGCUUGCCCGACCUGGUUCAUCUCACCCUGGAAGCCAUGCGACAAGCUGUGCGGUAGCGGACAGCAGACGAGACAAGUGGUCUGCUACCAGAAGAACAACGGUCGGAUCAACGUUUUGAGCGACGACGAGUGUUCGGAGGAGAAGCCCCUUGACCGCCAACCCUGCGAGUUGGAGCCGUGCGAGGGCGUCGACUGGAUGGUGUCUGAGUGGACGGGCUGCGACACCUGUCUGGCCACGGUCCGCAGUCGCGUGGCGCAGUGCGUGACCAAAGACUACCGAGUGGUCAACUCGAGCUUUUGUUCUUACCACCCGACCCCGGCGCUGGAGGAGCCCUGCGACAAGGACAAGCUGCCCGCGUGCCAAGUGCAGUGGUACGCCACUCAGUGGAGCAAGUGCUCAGUAGAAUGCGGCGUGGGAAAGAAAACUCGACGAGUGUUCUGUGGUAAAUUCGAUGGAGCUUCGGUAAUGAAAGUGGACGACAGCAAUUGUCCCAAAGAAGAAAAAUACAACGACUCGAAGCCUUGCGAAGUUCCAGAAGAGAAGUGCCCGUCCAAGUGGUACGCGGCUCCCUGGUCGGAGUGCACGAAGUCAUGUGGGAAGGGCUUGCGGUUCCGCAGCGUCGUGUGCCUCAGAGGAGGGAAAGAAUUCUCAGAUUGUCCCAAGAAGUCCCUCCCGGACUCCGCGGGCUCAUGCAAUGAGCAGUCCUGCGAGGCACUCGAUAAAAAAUCUACGCCGAUAAUCGACGAAGAUUAUGAAUUGUACAACGAUUGUAUCGAAGAGGAAGGAUUUGAAGGAGUCAAUCUAGAAGCAGACACCAAUUUUGUGAUUGACGAGACCAUGUUCAGUGACCAGCCAGCUUUUAGCGAAGGCUCAGGAUACUUUACAAGUUUAGAUCUCGAAUCAACGUUCCCUGAAAUUGGCUCCGGAACAGAAUCGACUUUCUCAACGGACGAGUUGCUUACUGUCGAAGGUUCAGGCUACUCAUCGAGCGACACUACAUUUGUUGAUUUGAUAAAUACGAGUGAAACCGAAGACGUGACUGCGUCAACCCAAGAAGAAACAACAGAGUCUGGCACACCUACAUCAUCUGUAUCAGAAGAAACGACAGAGUCUGGCACACCAACAUCAUCCGUAUCAGAAGAAACAACAGAGUCUGGAACACCAGCGUCAUCUGUGUCAGAAGAAACAACAGAGUCUGGCACACCAACAUCAUCUGUGUCAGAAGAAACAACAGAGUCUGGCACACCGACGUCAUCUGUAUCAGAAGAAACAACAGAGUCUGGCACACCAACGUCAUCUGUAUCAGAAGAAACAACAGAGUCUGGAACACCAGCGUCAUCAGUUUCAAAAGAAACAACAGAGUCUGGCACACCAACGUCAUCUGUAUCAGAAGAAACAACAGAGUCUGGCACACCAACGUCAUCCGUAUCAGAAGAAACAACAGAGUCUGGCACACCAACAUCAUCUGUGUCAGAAGAAACAACAGAGUCUGGCACACCAACAUCAUCUGUGUCAGAAGAAACAACAGAGUCUGGCACACCGACGUCAUCUGUAUCAGAAGAAACAACAGAGUCUGGCACACCAACAUCAUCUGUAUCAGAAGAAACAACAGAGUCUGGAACACCAGCGUCAUCAGUUUCAGAAGAAACAACAGAGUCUGGCACACCAACGUCAUCUGUAUCAGAUGAAACAACAGAGUCUGGCACACCGUCGUCAUCUGUAUCGGAAGAAACAACAGAGUCUGGCACCCCAACAUCAUCUGUAUCAGAAGAAACAACAGAGUCUGGCACACCGACGUCAUCUAUUUCAGAAGAAACAACAGAGUCUGGCACACCAACAUCAUCUGUGUCAGAAGAAACAACAGAGUCUGGCACACCAACAUCAUCUGUGUCAGAAGAAACAACAGAGUCUGGCACACCGACGUCAUCUGUAUCAGAAGAAACAACAGAGUCUGGCACACCAACAUCAUCUGUAUCAGAAGAAACAACAGAGUCUGGAACACCAGCGUCAUCAGUUUCAGAAGAAACAACAGAGUCUGGCACACCAACGUCAUCCGUAUCAGAAGAAACAACAGAGUCUGGAACACCAGCGUCAUCAGUUUCAGAAGAAACAACAGAAUCUGGCACACCGACGUCAUCUGUAUCAGAAGAAACAACAGAGUCUGGCACACCAACAUCAUCUGUGUCAGAAGAAACAACAGAGUCUGGCACACCAACAUCAUCUGUCUCAGAAGAAACAACAGAGUCUGGCACACCGACGUCAUCUGUAUCAGAAGAAACAACAGAGUCUGGCACACCGACGUCAUCUGUAUCAGAAGAAACAACAGAGUCUGGAACACCAGCGUCAUCAGUUUCAGAAGAAACAACAGAGUCUGGCACACCAACGUCAUCUGUAUCAGAUGAAACAACAGAGUCUGGCACACCGUCGUCAUCUGUAUCGGAAGAAACAACAGAGUCUGGCACCCCAACAUCAUCUGUAUCAGAAGAAACAACAGAGUCUGGCACACCGACGUCAUCUAUUUCAGAAGAAACAACAGAGUCUGGCACAGUAACUUCAUCUGUAUCAGAAGAAACAACAGAGUCUGGAACACCAACAUCGUCUGUAUCAGAAGAAACAACAGAGUCUGGCACAGCAACUUCAUCAGUAUCAGAAGAAACAACAGAGUCUGGAACACCAGCGUCAUCAGUUUCAGAAGAAACAACAGAGUCUGGCACACCAACGUCAUCAGUUUCAGAAGAAACAACAGAGUCUGGCACACCAACGUCAUCAGUUUCAGAAGAAACAACAGAGUCUGGCACGCCGACGUCAUCAGUUUCAGAAGAAACAACAGAAUCCGGUACCUCAACAUCUUCUGUGUCAGAGGGAACCACAGAAUCGGUUACUGUAAUAACAGGAUCCACGGAAGAAAGCUCGACAGCAAACGUAUUUGAUGAAAGUGAAAUGACGCGUGGCGUUACGUUGCGAAAUUGGGCGGUAACAUUCGUUCCGGGCUACACCAAGCGACAUUGCAGGAGAAGGAACGUUAAAUGUGCCACCACUAAAUUCGGAUGCUGCCCAGAUAAAAGAACUGCCGCUUCUGGACCCUUCGACGAAGGCUGCGAAAAAGUACGAACUUGCAAAGAAACCAGAUUUGGAUGCUGUUCUGACGGAGUAUCCGCAGCUCUUGGACCAGAAGAGAAGGGUUGUCCUCCGUCGCUGUGCGCAGAAUCCUUGUUUGGUUGUUGUCUCUCGGAUAAUAAAACGGCAGCAGGAGGCAACGACCAGGAAGGAUGUCCACCCAUGCCACCCGCGUGCAAGCUCGCUCCGUAUGGCUGCUGUGCAGAUGGAGAGACUGAAGCUACGGGUCCCGACUUUUCAGGAUGUCCCGAGCACUCGACUAGUACUGAAACAGUAACUGAAACUGAAACGUCAUCGGAGACCAGCAGCGCCGGUACGGAGGAGGCCGUCCACAGCACCACCGUGUCGGGCGAAGACUGCGCUGGAUCCGCCUUCGGAUGUUGCUACGACAACCAGACUGCGGCCUCGGCUCCUGGUCCAGCAGGGUGUCCCUGCAACGCUACUAAGUUCGGUUGCUGUCCUGAUAAUCAUACGCCAGCCGAAGACGCCGAAAUGAAGGGCUGCCCACUGACCUGCGCUACGUCAAGGUUCGGAUGUUGUCCUGACGAUGUGACUCCGGCCCACGGUCCGGACGGCGAAGGAUGCUGCCUGAUUUAUCCAUUUGGGUGCUGUCCAGAUAACUUCAAGGUUGCUGACGGACCGAACUUUGCAGGUUGUGAUUGUCAUUACGGCCGCUUCGGCUGCUGUCCUGAUAACACAACAUACGCCCGUGGACCUGCCAACGAGGGUUGUGGCUGUGAGCACACCACCCACGGGUGCUGCCCUGACAGGCACACACCAGCUACGGGUCCUGACAGAGAAGGUUGCGGUUGCCACACUUACCAGUUCGGUUGUUGUCCCGAUGGCGUCACCAUCUCGAAGGGUCCGGGGCUGCAGGGUUGUCGCUGUGAGCAAUCACAAUAUGGAUGCUGUGGUGACGGAGAGACCCACGCUACUGGACCAAAUCUUGGAGGCUGCGACUGUUCGACUAGCAAAUACGGAUGUUGCCCUGACGGCCAAACACUGGCUGAAGGACCCAAGUUCUUCGGAUGCACUGAUAUUCCAGAAAAUAAACAAGUUGCGUGCAGUCUGGCAAAAGACCGUGGUUCAGGCCGCGACUACUCCGUCUACUGGUAUUACGAUAUGGAAUAUGGCGGCUGCUCAAGGUUCUGGUACGGAGGAAGUGAUGGGAACGGUAACAGGUUCGCCACGAAAGAAGAGUGUGACGACGUCUGCGUGCAACCGUCACCGAAAGACGCCUGCAAGCUACCGAAGGUCAAAGGAGCGUGCGUCGGCUACAACGUGCGCUGGUACUAUGACUCCGAGAGGGAACAGUGCAGCCAGUUUGUGUACGGAGGGUGCCUGGGCAACGCGAACAACUUUGACACCAGAGAACUGUGCCAGAGCCAGUGCGAGCCCGCCAGGACUAAAGAUCAGUGCAGUCUGCCCAUUGAGCGAGGAUCUUGCGCUGGCAACUUCCCGCGCUGGGGCUUCAAUGAUGAGACGCAGCGCUGUGAGGAGUUCAUCUGGGGAGGCUGCGAAGGAAACUCGAAUAGGUUUGGUUCGGAAGCGGCUUGUAAGCAGCGCUGCGACCCGCCCGGGACACUCCAACCGCGGUGCUCGCAGCCCCGGGAGCAGGGCGGCUGCAACGAGACGGCGGCGGUCUGGUGGUUCAGUCCGGCGGAGGGCCGCUGCAGACCCUUCUACUACAGCGGCUGCGGCGGGAACCAGAACCGCUUCGAAGAUGAGGCCGCUUGCGCCAGCUCCUGUCCCGAGCCUUUCGUACCGGACCUGUGCACCCUGCCGGCUGAGACGGGAGAAUGCGCUAAUUACGAGGAGAAGUGGUUCUACGAUACGUCCGAAAAAAGAUGUCGUCAGUUCUACUAUGGCGGGUGCGGAGGAAACGAAAACAAAUUCAAUUCUCAAAUCGAAUGUGAAAGUCGGUGCUCCGAGAUCCAGACCACUACCACCACCACCACCACCACAGUCCAACCACAACAGCCUGGACCAGAAAACUCAGAGUUCUGCUUCUUCGAGACGGACCCGGGCCCCUGCACGCAAUUUGAGACCCGCUGGUCGUACGACGCGCGCGGCGGCCGGUGCGCGCCCUUCCAGUACGGCGGCUGCGGCGGUAACACCAACAACUUCGCGUCCGAGGAGCACUGCCAGUACUACUGCCACUUCACGCAAGACGUGUGUCAGCUGCCGAUGCUGGCGGGUCCGUGUAACGACUCCAUCGUGAGCUGGUUCUACGACGCGUCCCGGGACGCCUGCAGCCAGUUCGCCUACGGAGGCUGCGGCGGAAACGACAACCGGUUCGCGUCACGCGACGAGUGCGAGAGCCGCUGCAGGUCCGGUCGGGUCGCCGAGGUGUCCACCACCCUCGCUCCGGAGCCCACCACCCUCGCCGCGACCAACGCCACCGUCGCUGUUGAGAGCAGAUUUCGUGGGGAGUGUGAAGUGUCGCCGACUCUGGAGCGCUGCGUCGCGCCCGGUCUGGUCUGGUACCUGGACGCGGCGCGGCGGGAGUGUGUCGUGCACUCCAACGCGGAGUCCGGACUCACCUGUCGGAACACCGGCACGUUCCAGACCCAGGAGGCCUGCGAGAGAUCCUGUGGCGCCUUCAAGGACAUAAAUGUUUGUUUGUAUCCGUUGGACCCUGGACCUUGUCGCGCGUACUUGCCUAAGUAUUACUUCGAUAAUGAGAGGAGGAGCUGCCAAGAGUUUGUAUACGGAGGCUGUCACGGAGGACCGAACAGGUUCUCCACCAUCGCAGAGUGCACGGAAGUCUGCAAAAACUAUAUCGAUCCAUGCAAGGUCCAGCCCGAGCCCGGGAACUGUACGGACCGAUUAGAAAAAUGGUACUACCGUGAAGCGAGUGACAGCUGUGAACAGUUCGUCUGGACCGGUUGCGAUGGAAACGGCAACAGGUUCGAGACGCGCGAGGAAUGCGAAGGCGUCUGCAGGAAGCAGCCGAUCUUCACUACGACCACAAUAUCAACAAUUGCCGUGACAGACCACACGGAGCGGGCUGUACCGGACGAAUGCCGCACCCCCGACUCGCUGGUCCCUUGCGGCGAGAACGUCACGGUCUUCUACUACGACUCCUCCGUCAGGAGUUGCUUGGCGGCCGACUUCGGAGGUUGCCGCUACUCCAACAGCUACCGCACCGAAGAAGAGUGCGAAAGAAGAUGCGGGGCCUUCCAGGAUAUCAACGUGUGCACCGCGCAACUCGACCCGGGGCCCUGCCGCGCGUCCAUACCGAAGAUCUACUGGGACAGAGCCACCGGCACGUGCAAGCCGUACGCGUACGGCGGGUGCGGGGGAGGCGCCAACCGCUUCUCCUCCGUCGAUGAGUGUGAAGAAGUCUGUGGGGAGACUGGUCCCGCGGCGGCGUGCCUGCACCGCGUGGAGACGGGCGCCGCGUGUAGAGAGCCCUCGUCGCGCCGCUGGUACUACAGCGCAGUGGACGGCGAAUGUCUCGCCUUUGUGUAUCUCGGCUGCGAGGGCAACGACAACAACUUCCUCAACUACGAGGACUGCAGAACUGUUUGCAAAGUUUCCCGGCUCCCCGAGACCAACGAAGUGUUUCCGGACUGCAGCCGCUACGAAGCCGAGUGCUCGGCGCUGCAGUGCUCGGGCGGGCUGGUCCGCGUGCCGGAGCGGGACGGCUGCGAGCGGUGCGCGUGCGCGGCGGCCGACCCCUGCGCGCCGCACGCCGCCCACUGCCGCACUCUGUACUGCCCGUACGGCAUCACCAACACCACUGAUGCUGACGGAUGCCAGGAAUGCCAAUGCAACGAAGACCCUUGCGCUCAAAAUAGAUGUCCUCCAAACGAACAGUGCGUACCAAUAGCUUACAGGGACCCCGAGACACAGGAGGCUCGAUACUCUUUCGUAUGUCAACCAGAAAACGAAACGAACGAAAUACUUCCCGACUGCGACCGCUACAAGGCAGAGUGCGCGCGGCUACAGUGCGAGCACAGCGUGCAGCGGACGCGCACGGCGGGCGGCUGCGAGCGGUGCGAGUGCGUCGCCGCGCCGCCGGACUGUGCGGCGCGCGCGCGAGAGUGCGACGUGCUGCACUGCGACCACGGCCUGCAGCGGACCACCGGACCCGACGGCUGCGAGAUAUGCAGCUGCGCGGAGGACCUGUGCGGGGGGGUGCGGUGCGCGGGCGGAGAGCGCUGCGUCGUGGUCCAGUACCGAGAUCCCAUCUUCCCUCAGCUCUUCAAAAACACAACCGAAUGCAGACUGGUGAACAAGAGCGGAUCGUGUCCAACGGAUGAGUGGACGAGUCCGGUGAGCGUCUGUGAGACCAAGUGCGACGACGACGCGGACUGUCGCGGCGACGGCAAGUGUUGCGAGCGCGGGUGCAGCCGCCUGUGCGUCGCCCCCGCGCUCAACACCGCACCGCCGCCAGAGCCGCCUCGAGCCCCGCAGGCCAGUCCCGAAACCGAACCGGAGGUGAACGCGGCGGAGGGCGGGAAGGCGACGCUGCGCUGUAUAUUCCACGGGAACCCGCCGCCCAAGAUCACUUGGAGGAAAGGAGAAAUCACUAUCGACGGCAGCGAGGGCCGGACGCGCGUGCUGUCGGACGGCACGCUGGAGAUCGUGUCGCUGUACCGGAACGACACCGGCGUCUACAUCUGCAUCGCUGAGAACGAGUUCGGCAUCAGCCAGCAGGAGAUCCACCUGCAAGUGAACGAUCCGGUGAGGACGCCGGUCGGCAUCGCGGGAGAACAAAACGAAGUAAUAACGGGGGAGAUGGGCAGACCGCUCGUCUUGCGCUGCCUCGUGUACGGAUACCCGACCCCGGAAAUCUUCUGGUACAGAGGACUUAACGGUCCCAUGGUGCCAUACAGCAGUACAUUGUACGAAGCCAGAGAAAACGUUCUUCUAAUAAGACAACUGAUCGACGAGGCGCUCGGGGAAUACGCGUGUCAAGCAUACAACGGAGAAGGAAGCCCGGCCACGUUACUGAUGGAGGUUCGGGCGUACAAACAAGACGAUACGCCCUCUGACAACAAGUACCUAGUGUCGCGGCCCGGCGAGGGGGUCCACGUGCGGGUAGUGGACGCGGCGACGGAGGCCCCCCGGCCCCCCACCGUCACUACCACUGCUGCCCCCACCACUCUUCUCGAUCUAGAUUUCAACGUUCCCCUGUUUACCGCGCAUCCAAAACGUCUAGGCGGACAUCACUCGAGAACUUUCGGGACGCCGGUGUCGACAAGGAUAUUGUCGGCGCCCCCGACGCUGACCGCGGGCGCCGAACUGAGUCUGCCCUGCGAAGUGGAUGGGUACCCGCAACCUGAAAACGUAUACUGGUCCAAAGAUGGCGUCAGGAUCGCGUCCGGAGACAACAUAUGGAUAAGUGGAACUAGUGUUUCCCGUCUGACGAUACGCCGAGUGACGGUCGGAGAUAGCGGAGUGUACGUGUGCCACGCCGACAACUUGUACAGCUCGCACGAAUCUAGCGUCCAGGUCACUGUUAAAGCUCUGACGACACCAGCAAAGUGUACUGACAAUCCAUUUUUCGCUGACUGCAGUCUCAUAGUUCGUAGCAAGUUCUGCAAACAUCAUUACUACUCUAAUUUCUGCUGCAAGUCUUGUCUGGAGGCAGGUCAACUGAGUCCCGAAGAGGUGGAAAUGCAAAACGACGCGGCCUUCACCAGAAGAAAGUAGUUUUUAGGACUAUUAUUAUCAUCCCUAGUUAGUGUCAAUAAACAACCAUCGGUCACAAUAAUAUUAUUUUCGUAUUGAUUAUUUUUCUCAAUAUAGUUAAAUCAUCGCCACGACCGAUGGCUUCACUUCGACGGAACAAUCUUGUUAUUUAGUGCCAUAAAUUGUGUUAUUUUAAAAGAAUUAUACAUUAGACUAAGCUAUGAAUAACAUCACAUGUCAACCGUGUGCACUAUUUUUAAAACAGGUACUUACACUAUAGAUUUUAAAAAAACCUGUAAAUAUUUGAUUCGCAAUAAUCUGCUUGUCUAAAUUUACAACAGUUUUUAUGAAUGUUCGAGCCAAAAAUCCAUUUAUAUAUUAACGAAUAGAUAAUAAAUUAUUUAUGAUUUACUUUGUCCGGUGUAGCUUUUGUAUUCUCAGAUUCUGUCUACUAAUUUAAAUAGGUAUCGCUAGAUUCGUCGUCAGUGUUUCCUUUGUAAUAAUUAAACAAUGUAAAUAAAUUGAAUAAAAUAAACACACACAAGCAACAA